CGGGGAGGGGGGCUUAUUUUGAUUCUGAACUCGACCAGAACGCACUUGCAACAAGGCCCAGUCUACUUUCGACUUCUUAAAUAGGGCGUUUGUGAUGAGGCUCCGGCGGCCUUUGUGCGCACACAGCAAGCCCGUAGCAGUGCAGCGGAAACAGGGGAGGCGGAUGUGGCAAGACCCGGCCCCAAUAAAUAAGACAUGAUCCAGGCUGGCUGCACCACGGCACCGCGGCGAGAGGAGACCCAUUGGAAUCUGACACAUUUUUAGCUGGUGUUACAAACGGAGAAACGAUUCUCUCUCUUUUUGGUGACCGACGAUCACACCACCGAGAGGAGGCGCAGCCGCGCCCCGCCGUCGGCGCGUAGAGACCCGGCUUGGAGGCGGCUGACAGGUCGCUGGGCUGCGGGGCCGCGCGGAGCUCCGGCGGCCAUGAUUGAGCGACUCCUGCGGGGACUAUUUUAUCAUGCGGAUGGGCGUUUUAAAUCUCUUCUGGCAAAGGUGUACAUCGUCCAUCCCUUAACCCUCUGAAGGUGACGUCUCUCGACUUCCUGUGCUCACCUGCAAGGUCACCGUUCAUUGUGGAACACGUGGUGGAAGCGCAGACGCCAAAGAAAUGCGUGGCAAGCAAAUCCUGAGCUGAAACAAGUGCCUUGGACAGAACUUCCCAUCCCAUCAGUCGUUCCGCAAUUUCAUCUCUUUUGUUUAUUUUCGCCCAUCCCUCGCAACGCCUGUCCUCCGCCCCUGCACCAAAUCAUCUGAUCCCUUCGUCCCCACUGCCGCCACCCUCAUCAGCAGGGUCCCUACGCUUGCCCUUGCUUCUCACCCCCUACACUCACGGCCUCAGAUGUGGCGGUAGCCAUGGCAGCAGCAGCCGCUGCCGCCUCCUCCUCGUCUUCCCCACCGCCGUCCUCACCAGGAGCCAAUGGUAGCGCCCGGGAACACUUGAUGGCCGUGCGGCGCCGUAACCCGCACGCUCGCCCGUACACGAUCGGCCCCGAGAGCCUCCAAGGCCUUUCGGCGCAGAGUGCCAUCGGUUCUCCUCCUCCUGUGUCGUCGGGCCAGCCGGAGAUGGCGGCUGUGGGGCUACAGCGGGCCAACAGCGACACGGACCUUGUGACGUCAGAUAGCCGCUCCUCGCUGACGGCGUCGACGUACCAGCUUACACUUGGCCACGCCCACCUGGUCAUCUCAUGGGACAUCAAGGAGGAAGUGGACGCCACCGACUGGAUCGGCCUGUACCACAUCGAUGAGACAAGCGUCGCCAAUGUGUGGGACUCCAAGAACCGCGGCGUGAACGGCACUCAGCGAGGCCAGAUUGUGUGGAGACUGGAGGCGGGGCCUUACUUCAUGGAGCCCGAGACUAAGGUCUGCUUCAAAUACUAUCACGGUGUGAGUGGAGCGCUCAGAGCGACGACGCCCUGCAUCACGGUCAAGAACCCUGGAGUGACGGUGGGCAGUGAAGGUCACGCUGCAGGCCAGUCGGGGGCAGAGCUCGGUCGCAAGCUGGUCAGCUUCACCAUAUCAGAAAUCCGGGCGCUGGGCCUGAAGAAGGGCAUGUUCUUCAACCCUGACCCUUACCUGAAGAUGUCCAUCCAGCCAGGGAAGAGGAGCGGCCUCCCGAAGUUCACGCACCAUGGCCAGGAGAGGAGGUCCUCCAUCAUCGCCAACACCACCAACCCCGUGUGGCACGGAGAGAAAUACACCUUUGUGGCCCUGAUGAGCGACGUGAUGGAGAUUGAGGUGAAAGAUAAGUUUGCCAAGAGUCGACCAAUCAUCAAGCGCUUUCUGGGUCAGCUGAUCGUCCCCGUGCAGAGACUCCUGGAGGGGCCCACAGCCGACCAACACCCAGUCAGCUACAGUCUGUGUCGCCGCCUCCCUACAGAUCACGUUAGCGGGCAGCUGCAGUUUCGGGUGGACGUCACCUCCAUUGGACAUGAAGUCUCUCCAGAAUUAACUGGAAGCAUCUUGGGCAAUGCUGUUAACGGCGAUCCUGGUAGUCCCUCUGAUGAUGAAGACCUUCCGCACUCAUCCUCUCGCGUCGCCCAUGGAGCAUCGCCCACAGGCUCAGACGAAGGCUCUGUGUUGGUCAAUGGUGCUUGUUACUACGGCAACAGCAGUGCUUGGCAGGAGGACGCGGCCCUGAUGGCUACGGGCGGCCACACCCACCGGCAGGUGUCCCUCAACGACUACCUGGACGCCAUCGAGGCCUCUGGGGGGCCUAUGGAGCGACUUCCAACGGGGCCCAGACUCCGCUCCAGCUUUCCCACAGACACGCGUUUGAACGCUAUGCUUCACAUUGACUCAGAUGAGGACGACGAGAGCGCGGCACAACGUGGUGACCAAUCCCAGGAGACAAAGUCACAGAGCACGGCAGAAGUUAACUCUGCCGGAGCAUCAUCCGAGCUUCCACGAGGGAGCGGGGGUUCCGAAAGUGGACCGGUGUCGUCAACGGAAGCGUGUUCUUCUGUCACUGAGUUGGCCGGUGUGGAAGCAGUACAAACAGAGGAGACCCUGACCACCAGCAACACGGAUGCAGCUGCAGCGUCAGCAAACGCUGGGGAAGAACCUGGAGCCGAUGGUUCUCCUGCAGAGCCCACGGGCGUGUGUGCAUGUGGCGAGCAAAGCACGAGGAUGAGCCAGGAUGCCGUCUGCGGUUUGGUGUUGAGCAGCGGCCCGCUUUCGCCCAUUCAGGAGGUGGAGACCAGGCUAGACGUGGCCCCCAGGGCGGAGGAGGAAGGCGCUGAGUUAUCAAGCAAUAACAGCCUUGCCAAUUCUGCUUUGACAAAUGCAAGCGACAUGGGGACGUCUACAGCCACUGCAGGGGCUGUCAGUGAGGAAGCGCAAGGUGAGCAGAGACAGGAGGAGGAGGAGGAAGAGGAGGAGGGAGGUGAGGUGUGGAAGAGACGCUCCCUGCGACCCGCAGAAGGUGAAGCUUCUAACCAGGCAGCCUGCAGGGCCCGGGAAGAUAUGAGCGGGACGAUGCCAGAAAGAGAGACCGGGGCCACGGCUCAGGUCAACGGCCACACGUCUGUUCACUCACUGUCAUCUGUACGCCAUGACAUCAGUCGCUACCAGAGAGUGGACGAGUCCCUCCCGCCCAACUGGGAGGCCCGCAUCGACAGCCACGGGCGAAUCUUUUACGUGGACCACGUCAACAGAACCACCACCUGGCAACGGCCCACAGCCCCGGCUGCCCCGCAGACCCUCCAGAGGUCCAAUUCCAUCCAGCAGAUGGAGCAGCUCAACCGAAGGUAUCAGAGCAUCCGUAGGACGAUCACCAAUGACAGCAGAGCUGAGGAAGUACCGGCCAGUGAGCAGCUGGCGGAUGAGAGCGACGGGCACUCUUCUUUUCAAGAGCUGCGUCGAGACGGCAGCGCGGUCCAGUCAAGCUCCCGGUCCCGCCUGUAUCUGCUGCUCCAGUCUCCCAGUGCUAGGUUCCUCACCAGCCCAGACUUCUUCACUGUGCUGCAUUCUAACCCCAGUGCCUAUCGCAUGUUCACCGCCAACACGUGUUUGAAGCACAUGAUAAGUAAGGUCCGCCGGGACGCGCACCACUUUGAACGCUACCAGCACAACAGAGACCUGGUGGCCUUCCUCAACAUGUUUGCCAACAAGCAGCUGGAGCUGCCUCGAGGCUGGGAGAUGAAGCACGACCACGCCGGCAAGCCUUUCUUCGUGGACCACAACAGCCGAGCCACCACAUUCAUUGACCCCCGGCUGCCGCUGCAGAGUUCCCCUCCCCCGAGCCUCUUGGCUCACCGGCAGCACCUUACCCGCCAACGCAGCCAUAGCGCCGGCGAGGUGAGCCCACGGCGCCUGGUGGGCGAAGAGUCCCGUCACGCCGGGCCAAGCGUACUUCCGAGGACCUCCAGCACCUUUGCAUCUGCCAGUAGGGGGCAGUGUCAAGACGUUGUUCCGCUGGCAUACAACGACAAGAUUGUGGCUUUUCUACGACAACCCAACAUAUUCGAGACGUUACAGGAGAGGCAGCCAGAUUUCCACCGCAACCAUUCACUCAGGGAGAAGGUCCAGCUGAUCCGCACAGAUGGCGUAUCAGGAUUGGCGCGCUUGUCCGGAGAUGCCGACCUGGUGAUGUUGCUCAGUCUGUUUGAAGACGAAGUCAUGUCCUAUGUGCCUCCUCACGCCUUGCUGCACCCCAGCUAUUGCCAGUCGCCUCGUGGCUCUCCCGUGUCCUCCCCGCAAAACUCACCUGGUACUCAGAGAGCAAACGCUAGAGCUCCUGCACCGUACAAGAGAGACUUUGAGGCAAAACUGCGUAAUUUCUACAGGAAGCUGGAGACCAAAGGCUACGGCCAGGGACCAGGGAAGUUAAAGUUGAUCAUUCGCCGCGACCACCUGCUGGAGGACGCCUUCAACCAGAUCACAUGUUACUCCCGCAAAGACCUGCAGCGUAGCAAGCUCUACGUCAGCUUCGUGGGCGAGGAAGGAUUGGAUUAUAGCGGACCUUCCAGAGAGUUCUUCUUCCUGGUCUCCAGAGAACUCUUCAAUCCUUACUACGGUCUGUUUGAAUAUUCCGCCAACGACACGUAUACAGUCCAGAUCAGCCCAAUGUCUUCCUUUGUGGACAAUCACCAUGAGUGGUUCCGGUUCAGCGGUCGCAUCCUGGGUUUGGCUCUGAUCCACCAGUACCUUCUGGACGCCUUCUUUACCAGACCCUUCUACAAAGGCUUACUGCGCAUUCCGUGCGACCUGAGCGACCUGGAGUAUCUGGAUGAGGAGUUUCAUCAGUCCCUUCAGUGGAUGAAGGACAACGACAUCGAGGAGAUGCUGGACCUCACCUUCACUGUUAACGAGGAAGUUUUUGGACAGAUCACAGAACGAGAGCUGAAGGCUGGCGGUGCCAACAUCCCCGUCACGGAGAAGAACAAAAAGGAGUACAUCGAGCGGAUGGUGAAGUGGAGGAUCGAACGCGGUGUGGUGCAGCAGACGGAAAGUUUGGUCAGAGGCUUUUAUGAGGUGGUGGACGCGCGCUCGGUGUCUGUGUUUGAUGCCAGGGAACUGGAGCUUGUGAUGGCGGGGACGGCGGAGAUUGACUUGUCCGACUGGAGGAACAACACAGAAUACAGAGGAGGUUACCAUGACAACCAUAUAGUCAUCAGGUGGUUCUGGGCAGCAGUGGAGAGAUUCAACAACGAGCAAAGACUUCGGCUUCUGCAGUUUGUUACCGGGACGUCCAGUAUUCCCUACGAGGGCUUUGCGUCUCUGCGAGGAAGCAAUGGACCUCGGCGGUUCUGUGUGGAAAAGUGGGGAAAGGUGACGUCCCUGCCCAGAGCUCACACAUGCUUCAACCGCUUGGACCUGCCCCCCUACCCGUCCUUUUCUGUGCUGUACGAGAAGAUGCAGACGGCCGUGGAGGAAACCAGCACUUUCGGACUGGAGUGAGUCACGAUACUGCUGAUCGGAGACAACAGCCAGACGGAAGUGUCGCCCGAACGGAACGUGACAUGGAAACCCGACGUGAGACUUUGGAGGUGGGCAGCCUUCAAUUUUGUUGGAUUUUCGGGUUGUGGGUUUUUGUAGAACUACGUGGCCUUGCGGACCACAAUCAGGGAGCAAGCACCGCCUUUGGAUUCUGUCUCCGAGAAGGACCUCAGAGGAACAGGAACCCAGAACUUGUGUGGCUGAUUGGGUGAGCUUUGUUGUGGUUGCUACAAGAAAAAAAAAACAACUUUUCAAAUGUGCAAGAAGAAUCACGUUUUUUGGAAUGAUGUUGCCGUUUGAAUGUCAGUCAUUUUUUACCAUGUACAAUAUUUUUUAUCUGUUGUCAAUCACCAAAUCGCUGCUUCAUUUGAUAACGGAUGUCACAGUCCAGGGUUCUACGGGUUCUCUUUGUCGACAUUUCAACGCAGUAGGGAUGAAGAUGUUAUUUGUUGCUCAUGUUCUCAAACGCAGCAAUAUCUGGAAGGGGGUGUAACGGUACCAUGGUCUUGAUUGAUUUUGGGUACAGUAAAGUAGUCUUUCCCAGUGGAAUGGCUGCACGUGUAUGGAAUUGUAAUGGAUGCUGGAGAGACAAAAAGUGAGUAAAAACACAUGAAAAGCAAAACAACUACUACAAUUUUUUGUGUUUUUUGCCUACAUGAAGCAUUUUCAAGCAUAAAAAUGUCAAAAUGAAGUAAAAUGCAAAUAUAAGGCAUUCAGAAGAUGCAUUCAAAGACGUGGUGGUGAUAUGUAACCCACACUGGUCACUGUGUGUCAGUAGUUACUGCAAUGUUGGACACACAAGCACCAUACAACAUUUUAUUGUAUGCUUGAAUGAUCUCACAACAGGCAGAAUAAUUCCCAAUAUGGGCUACCCACGUCGAUCUAAAGCUCAACUCUGAACCCCCGACGUCACUUCCUGUCUGCCCCCCUACACCUCCCCUGCGACUGUAACACAUUUAGAGCAACACACACAAGCAUAAGUCUGAUCUCUUAUGUCCACUAUUGAUCUUCAAGAGAAUUAUGAGUGUAAAGUUGACCAUAGGGGUGUUAUUUCAUGUCUAGAGGGCUCUAAUAAUGUUAAAAACCAAACCUGUACCACAGAAAUGCAUUCAAUGCAUUUAACCUAGUACAUUUCUGAACCGAACUGAAAAAUCACAUUCUGAAUCGAUGUACCGUUACACCCCUAGUACCAUCAUCAAUUCAAUCUUAAGUCCAAAUUUGACUUAUGACUCAUGACCGUACUUUCCGACGAAGCUGAGAACUUCUAGCAUUGAACGUAGUCAGGGCUUCUUUUGAAACUGUCUUUUUUAUUUGUGCAUCGAUAUAACGAUCCAGUGUAGGAGUGGUUGUGUUUGACUCUUUGGAGAGCUCCACGACACUACAAUGUUUUUCCACUUGGUGUUUUUUGCCUGCAAAUGACUGAUUGUACAGUUCUCACCAUUCUUACAUUCUUAUUGUUCCCUCAACGAACACACUGCCUUUCCUCUGUGCAUACGAGCAGAGAGAACCAAAGUUUGGGGCCACGACCCUGUCUUUGUGUACACCGGACCUCACUUUUGCAUAUGAAUGUUGGCAGCACUGUACUGAAAUAAAGUUCCAUCUCUGUCCAUAAAAAAACUAAUUUCUUGUUGUGCAGCUUCCUCAGCAAUACCGAACAGUAUUUCGUUGCUGCUUUGUUACUACAAGUGUUGGUUUUGUUACUCUUAAUGAUGUCAUGAUAUGAUAUAUUACCUGUUUUUACACGAUAAUGUGCUCCACACACGCAACAAGCUUGCGAUCUCAGCAUGUCUGUGGAGUGGAAUUAUUUAGGGGUGUAAAUCUCUUUGUGAUAGACGAUACACAGGUUACGAUGCGACUCAAAUACAUUU